CGCCGUUGUUGUCGUCUUCGCAGGCGAGCUUGAUCGUCAACGUCUAGUAGUCUACGCUGUGCACUCAGGUCGUCAUUCGUAGCAGCGCUGUUCUGCAACCCGCCACACGUGGAGUCUUCCCCAGUUUCGGCGAUGGCCAUGAACGGGGGGUCGGGACGUGACACACUAAGCAAGGCGGAGAGGACGGUGGUGGCAACGGCUGUGAACGCCAUCCUCUUCCGAUGUCAAUUGCAAAGGGGCGAGGGGAGGAUGAGAGCGGUCAUUCGCGCACGGCAGAAGAGGACGCUGCAGUCCACGAAUGUGGAGGGAAAGGACAGUGGUGCUGUUUGCGGCGCCGUGCUGCAGGUGUGCUACGCCAUGGGGUGUGGAGCGUUCCCCAGAGCGACGCCUAGGUGGUGGAUGAAGCGACGGACAGGCGGGACGUGGGAGGAUCUUCGGCAAUACGACGACGCGACGACGGACUACUUGAAGGACAAGUUGCGCAUGUCGCCACGUGUGUUCCGAGAUAUCACGGAAGCUUUGUCUCCCUUCCUUGAACGGCUUGUCACUUUCUAUAGGGAGCCCCUCCAACCUGACCACAUUGUCGCGUACGCUUUGUACAAGUGGGCAUCGGGGGAGACGUACGAGAGCGGGACGUGGAGCUUCGGCAUUGGCAGAUCUUCCGGGUUGGUGGCUGUGCGAGAUGUAACUGCGGUGUUGCUGAGUGCAUACCCCGACAAGAUAUCCUGACCGACGGGUCAUCAGAAGGCGGUCGUCUUGCACGCCUUCGCUGACAAGGGUUUCCCUAACUGCCAUGGGUGCAUCAACGA